AGAUUAUGUUGGAGAUGGGGUUGUCACAUAAUUGCCUUUUGCGUUCUGCUUUCUCCUUUAAUGAACCCAAAAGUCUGUUAUAUUUCCCACAGGAAUUGGCUGAGCUUGUGCAUAAGGUUCAUUUGCUUUGUCUGGUAGGACGUGGAAGGUUAAUUGACACUGCUUGCAAUGAUCCGCUUAUUCAGGCUUCCUUACUUUCACUUGUACCACCACACUUGCUGAAGAUAGCAGAUGGCCCUAAACUUACUGCAAAUGCUUUAGCUCCUAUUGUCAACUGGUUUCAUAGUAAAUUUCAUAUUAGAAGUCCAAGCAGUACAGAGAGAUCGUUUCAAUCAGCUUUGGCAUCUGCUCUUGAGACCCAUGAAGGGACUGCAGAGGAGAUUGCUGCAUUGUCUGUGGCACUAUUGAGAGCUCUGAAUCUUACAACCCGGUUUGUGUGUAUUUUGGAUGUGGCCUCCUUGAAACCUGACGCUGACAAUUCUGAAUCCAUUGGCCAAGGUGCAAGCAGAGUGGGUAAGGGGUGUAGGGGCAUAUUUAACUCGUCGACUUUGAUGGUGGCUAGACCAGAGCAGGUUACUGUGUCUCCUACUAAACAAUCAGCAUCAGAUGGCAAGGACAAUGUCUGUGAGAAUUCUCCAAGGCAUGCAUGCAGAGCCAUGGUUAGCAAAUCAACAAGAAACAACUCUCGUUUUGAAGACUCUUCAAUCAUCAAUCCGUUGAGUGAUAGAACGUUGGAUUCAUUAGCAUGUGAGGUUCAAAAUGGUAUACCUGAUGUGUGCUAUACUGAAAAAUCAGAGGGAUCAAAGAGGAAAGGGGAUCUUGAGUUUGAGAUGCAAUUGGAAAUGGCUCUUUCUACCACAAGAAUUGGAUGUUCUACGAGCAGUAUGGGUUCAGAUAAGGACCGACCUAGUAAUUUUUCAAAUCUCUCUCCUCCUCUCAAGAGAGUGAAAAAGAUUGCAAGCGUAGAAUCUUUAACUUCCUCCUCCGGAAUUUCUACUGCUCUUGGAUCGAAAAAAGUAGGGGCUCCUCUCCAUUGGGCUGAAGUAUACUGCAGUGGAGAGAAUCUGACAGGCAAAUGGGUCCAUAUUGAUGCUGUUAAUGCAAUGAUUGAUGGAGAGCAGAAAGUGGAAGCUUCAGCUGCUGCAUGCAAAAGAUCUUUGAGAUAUGUACUUGCUUUUGCUGGGCAUGGGGCUAAAGACGUGACCCGCAGGUAUUGCAUGAAGUGGUACAAGAUUGCAUCACAACGCAUUAAUUCAAUUUGGUGGGAUGCAGUCUUGGCACCACUGAAGGAGUUGGAGUCAAAAGCAACUGGAGGUCUGAUUCAUUUGAAACAAGAGGCUUCAAGUAACUAUGAUAAGGUAGAAGCAGCAAAAUUAUCUGAUCAUCCAACUUGGGAGUGUCUGCUGGACACUGUGAGCGUGGCUGGGAAGUCAACUGUGUGCGUCUCAAAAGAGUCUGUUGAGAAAAGAGAUGCAGAGUCUUCUGAGCGGAUUUCUUUUGUUGCUACCAGGGCCUCUCUUGAAGAUAUGGAGUUGGAAACUAGGGCAUUAACUGAACCUCUACCAACAAAUCAACAGGCCUAUAGAAACCAUCAACUAUAUGUUAUCGAGAGAUGGCUCACCAAGUACGAGAUACUUUACCCAAAGGGGCCUGUAUUGGGAUUUUGUUCUGGUAAUCCAGUUUACCCACGAACUUGUGUCCAAACACUCCACACAAAAGAAAGAUGGCUGCGUGAGGGACUCCAAGUCAAAGCCACUGAACUUCCAGCAAAGGCGUUGAAGCAUUCUUCAAAGCCUAUCUGUGCACAAGUUUGUGAAGCUGAUGAUUGUGGAGAAGGGGCUUGUGAACGAACUGUUGUACUUUAUGGGAAGUGGCAAACAGAACCUUUGUGCCUGCCUCCUGCUAUAGAUGGGAUUGUUCCAAAGAAUGAGCGUGGCCAAGUGGAUGUCUGGUCUGAGAAGUGCCUUCCACCAGGAACUGUCCACUUGAGGUUGCCAAGGGUGGCUCCUGUUGCAAAGAGGCUCGAAAUUGAUUUUGCACCUGCUAUGGUUGGAUUUGAAUUUCGAAAUGGUCGGUCUAUUCCUGUAUUUGAUGGUAUUGUGGUGUGUGCCGAGUUUGAAGAUGCAAUUUUAGAGGCAUAUGCAGAAGAAGAAGAAAGAAGGGAGGCUGUGGAGAAAAAAAGGAACGAGGUGCAAGCACUUUCUAGGUGGUAUCAGCUUUUUUUGUCCCUGGUUACACGGCAAAGGUUGAAUAAAUACUAUGGGAAUGGUGCAUCAUCACAGGCCUCCAUUGACAUGCAAAACGCAGAUGAUAAAUGUUUUGCACCAGUUGGUGGCAGUGAGGAUGACAAGCAAUCCCCUGGAAGGCGGGAAAAUAAUAUUCGGGAUAAUCAGCCGGAUCCUCUCCCAUUUCUACUCUCGGAAGACCACGAACACGUGUUUUUGACAGAUGAUCAGACUUUUGAUGAAGAGAGCUCAACAAUGACAAAACGUUGUCGCUGUGGAUUUUCGAUUCAGGUGGAGGAGUUGUAGCCCCAAUAACCAGAUAUUUAUUUCCUUUUGCUUUUUAACAAUGUCUGAGGGUGCUUUAUCGAGCAAACCUGAGCUUAGUGGUCAGAUUGUCGAAUGCAGUCAUGUAAUGUGUCUUAAUUAGCUGUGUUGUAUUGUAGUUGAAUACUGGCUCACUUGUACAGCAGGUGGAGUGUGCAUGGCUUCACACCGAUGUAACCUGGUUGGAAUCUUAUGGAUUUUGAGAUGUACAGUUAAUACGAGGAAUUUGUU